GCCCUUGGAGCCUUGGAGCUAACUCGUGUUUCAGGUAACAUAUCCCGCGCUUUAUUUUUGCCUUCCAAGAAAUGGUUAUGUUGACAAGCAUGCACAUGAAGUUAGUUAGAUACUCUCGAAAAAGUUGAAUAAAUACCUCAAAACAACAAUGUCAACAACCUUAAAUCUAUCUCUUUCUCCUCUUCUCUACACUACACAACAACCUCAAUCCAAUCAAACAACAACAACAACAACUGACUUAAUCAAAUCAUGCAAAAACCUCAACCAAAUCAAACAACUCCAUGCCCAUUUCACUAAACAAGGGUACAAUCAAGACCCUGGUUUUCUUGGUAAACUCAUUUCUAAAUGUUGCGAAAUAGGUACUUAUAAUAGCAUGGAAUAUGCACAAAUAGCUUUUGAUAGUUUCUGUAGUAGUAAUGAAGAAGGUUAUGAUAAUACUUAUAAGUUUAAUUCAUUAAUUAAAGGGUAUUGUUUAGUGGGGUUAUUUAAUGAUGCUAUGUUGAUGUAUUUAAGGAUGGUUCUUGAAAAUGUCGGGCCUGAUGGAUAUACUUUUCCUUUGGUUUUGAGUGCUUGUGCUAAAAAUGGGAGUUUUAUUGAAGGAAUUCAAGUAAAGGGUUUAGCUUUGAAAUGGGGUUUUGGUGAUGAUGUGUUUGUGUUGAAUUCAUUGAUACAUUUUUAUGGUGAAUGUGGUGAGGUGGAUAAAGCUAGGAAAGUGUUUGAUAAAAUGUCUGAGAGAAAUUUGGUGUCUUGGACUUGUUUGAUUAGUGGGUAUGCAAAGAGGGAGAAGGCUGAAGAGGCGGUUUUGUUGUUUUUUGAGAUGAUUGAGGAGGGUAUUAUGCCGAAUAAUGUGACAAUGGUGUGUGUGAUAUCGGCUUGUGCUAAGUUGGGGGAUUUGGGAUUGGCGGAAAGUGUGUGUGGUUAUAUAGGGAAGGCGGGAUUAAAGGUUAAUUCUGUUAUGGUAAAUGCUCUUGUAGAUAUGUAUAUGAAAUGUGGAUCCAUGGGUAAGGCUAAAAAGAUUUUCGAGGAAUGUGUUGAUCGUAAUUUGGUACUUUGCAACACGAUUUUGUCAAACUAUGUACGUCUAGGGAUGGUAAGGGAAGCACUUGAUGUCUUGGGUGAAAUGCUAUCCUGUAGAGGACCUCGUCCGGAUAGAGUAACUUUGUUGUCUUCUAUAUCAGCCUCGACAGAGAUGGCUGAUGUUUUCUUAGGAAAGCAGUGUCACGCUUAUGUUUUGAGGAACGGGUUAGAGAAUUGGGAUUCCAUUGGUAAUGCCAUGAUUGAUAUGUACAUGAAGUGUGGGAGUCAAGAAUGGGCUUGUAGAGUUUUUGAUCAGAUGUCAAACAAGACAGUAGUCUCAUGGAAUUCACUUAUUGCAGGCUUUCUGAGAAAUAGUGACGUAGAGGCAGCUUGUAGAACUUUUAAUGACAUGCCUGAGAGUGAUCUUGUGUCAUGGAACACCAUCAUUGGUGGUUUGGUACAGCACAGCAUGUUUGAGGAUGCGAUUCAUCUAUUUCGUGUAAUGCAGAACGAGGGGAUUAAAGCAGACAGAGUGACAAUGGUCAGUGUUGCAUCAGCUUGUGGAUACUUAGGUGCUAAUGAUCUUGCUAAGUGGAUAUAUAAUUACAUUGAGAAAUAUGAAAUUCAUCUAGAUAUGCAGCUAAGUACCGCGCUUGUUGACAUGUUUGCUAGGUGUGGUGAUCCUGCAAGUGCGAUGAAAGUGUUCACCAAAAUGAAAGAGCGGGAUGUCUCUGCCUGGACUGCAGCAAUAGGGGCCAUGGCCAUGGAAGGAAAUGGUAAGCGGGCAGUUGAGUUAUUCUAUGAGAUGCUUCGGGAAGGGGUAGAACCUGACCAAGUUGUGUUUGUGGCCGUACUGACAGCAUGUAGCCAUGGGGGUUUAGUACAAGAAGGAAUGAAAAUUUUUAAGACUAUGAAAGAAAUCCAUGGAAUCUCAGCACAGAUAGUGCAUUAUGGGUGCAUCGUUGAUAUGUUUGGGCGUGCUGGUUUAUUGAAAGAAGCUGUUGAUAUCAUAAAGUACAUGCCAAUGAAGCCCAAUGAUGCAGUUUGGGGGGCUUUUCUUGCUGCUUGUAAAAUGCAUAAAAACAACGAGAUGGCAACUUAUGCAGUUGAUAUGAUCUCUGAAUCAUACCCAGAUAAAGCUGGGAUCCAUGUGCUUCUUUCAAAUAUUUAUGCUUUGGGAGGGAAGUGGACUGAUGUAGCCAAGGUAAGGAUGUCCAUGAAGGAAAGAGGGAUAAAAAAGAACCCCGGUUCAAGCUCAAUCGAAGUGAAUGGAAACAUUCACGAGUUUACUUCGGGUGACGAGUUUCACCCAAAACACACACACAUUUGUCUAAUGCUAGAAGAAAUGAAGUGCAGGGUUAGAGAGGCAGGUCAUGUACCUGAUCUAACAAAUGUUUUGAUGGAUGUUGAUGAGCAAGAGAAAGAAUUCUUGCUUAAUCGACAUAGUGAGAAAAUAGCCAUGGCAUUUGGACUCAUCUCUACAUCUCAGGGACAUCCCAUUCGUAUAGUGAAAAACCUUCGCAUGUGCUCAGAUUGCCAUUCAUUUGCAAAAUUUGUUUCAAAGGUAUAUGAUAGGCAUAUUAUUGUCCGAGAUAACAACCGUUUCCAUUUUUUCCAAGGAGGGUUGUGUUCUUGUGGUGAUUAUUGGUAGCUGCAUGUUGUAUAUGUUUGUUUGAUAUUUUACAUAGUAUGGGUACUUUCUCAAAUUUGCUUGUGUAACUUCAUCAAA